GCCUCCCCUCAGGGAGGCUCAAGGGCGUCUCCAGAGGUGGUACGCUGCUGUGUUAUCGCUUAAUUAUAGCUUUUGAGCUAAGCUAGUAUGGCAGAUGUGUUUUGACAUUCUGAAGCGUCUUUUUGAGUUACUACAGUGCAGCAGAAAAAAAUGGAUUCAGUGAAUUAAUUUAAAGAAAAAGUCACUCUGGAUCGCAGCCAAGCACCAACUGGCACCUGAAAGAAAAUGCAAGAGAUCACCACACACAUAAAUUUUUGAGCAAAGAGUUGAUUGUGAGGAGAGGACAGGCCUUCAUCAUCACCUUCAAUGGAACGGAACAGCCUGAGCAAACCUUGACAUUCAUUGCAGAAACAGGUCCAAAACCCUCAAAGCUGACUAAGACCCAGGCCACAUUUGGUAUCUCCAGCACAGUGAGCAAGGACAGCUGGAGUGCAGUUCUACAGUCUACCAGUUCCAACUCUAUGAGCAUCUCCAUUUCCAGCCCACCUAAUGCUGUCAUUGGACGUUACAAGCUGAGUGUUCAAAGUACUUCAAGUGGCAGCUCCUCUCCAGCAAGCCUUGGCACUUUUGUUGUGCUCUUUAACCCUUGGUCUUCAGGUGAUGAUGUGUUCAUGCCUAACAAGGCUGAGUGUGAGGAAUAUGUGCUAGAAGAGUUUGGCAUCAUUUUUGCAGGCAACAAAAAUCGUAUCAACAGCUUUGGAUGGAACUUUGGCCAGUUUCAAGAAGAUAUUAUCAAUAUUUGCCUUUCCAUGCUGGAUCGAAGCUUAAACUAUCGUCAGGAUCCUGUCACAGAUGUAUCUCACCGAAAUGACCCCAAAUAUCUGGGCCGUGUUCUCAGUGCAAUGGUCAAUGCCAAUGAUGACCAAGGGGUGCUGCUAGGAAACUGGAGUGGAAAUUAUGAUGGUGGGAAAAGUCCAAGCAGUUGGACUGGAAGUGGUGAAAUACUGCUAAACUGGAAGAAAUCGGGAUUCAGACCUGUUAAAUAUGGACAAUGUUGGGUUUUUGCAGCAGUAUUGACUACAGUGCUUAGAUGUCUGGGGAUUCCCACUCGUACAAUUACAAACUUCAGCUCUGCCCACGAUGCAGAUGGAAAUCUGCGUGUGGAUGAGUUUUAUGAUGCUGCUGGAAAUCAUUUGGACAGGUCUGCUGACAGCAUAUGGAAUUUCCAUGUCUGGAACGAAAGCUGGUUUUCCCGCAGUGACUUGGGCCCCUCAUACAGUGGAUGGCAAAUUCUGGAUGCAACUCCCCAGGAAGAAAGUGGAGGAAUUUAUCAGUGUGGUCCUGCCUCACGGAACGCCAUCAAAGAAGGAGAUGUAGAUCUGGACUACGACUGCCCAUUUGUAUUUGCAGAAGUGAAUGCAGACUGUAUGUACUGGAACUACGACCCUGCAACUGGAAAGAAAACAUUAAUAUUUUCCCAGUCUACCACAGUUGGCCAAUCCAUGAGCACAAAGGCAGUUGGUAGAGAUGAUCGGGUAGAUGUCACCAAUGAUUAUAAAUAUGAAGAAGGCUCUAAAAAAGAAAGAGAUAUUUUUAAGAAAGCCCGUAAGAAGCUGGGACUUGAGGAUAAAUUUGAUCCUACAGCACCAACACCACAGGAAAUCGAUCAAAAGCCUGACAUCUCAGGGAAGUUCAAGGUGGAUGGCUCUAUAGAAGUUGGCAAAGAUCUCAAUCUAAUUCUGGUUCUUGCAAACUUACAGUCUGAUGCUAAGACUGUUGAUGUAAAUAUGACUGCUUGGAGCACUGUGUACACUAGAAGACCAAUUAAGGAGAUCUGGAGUGACUCCAUAUCUGUCACUCUGUCUCCUAAGGAAGAGAAAGAAUUUCCCAUUAAUAUACCGUAUACUGAAUAUCAACAGCAGUUAACUACAGACAACAUGAUCCAAGUAACAGCUUUAUGUCAUGUAAAAGAUGGGAUUCAAGUGCUAGUGCAAAGAGACAUCAGCCUGGACAGUCCUGCCAUCGACGUACAGGUACUUGGUGAAGCGAAAGUGAAUGAAGAAGUGGAUGUAGAAGUGAUAUUUACCAAUCCUAUUGAUACAGAAGUGACAGACUGUGUCCUGCAGGUAGAAGGCAAUGACCUGCUCAGAGGAAUCCUUAAGAUAGACGUACCACCACUGAAAGGCAGUGAGAAAUCCAGUACAAAGUUUAAACUCAUCCCUUCUGAGACGGGUUCCAAACAUCUCGUCGUUAAUUUCUCCUGUGAUAAAUUUGCAGAUAUCAAGACCUUUAAGAUGGUAAAUGUGAUUGACUAACAUGAAGAUAUACAGUGAGUGGCCUGUGCGUGUAUAAAUUAAGCAAAAUGUCGUAAGAAAUCUUGUAUAAGAAAAAAAUGAGAAAAUUAGCAAAACAAAAUCCUCACUUCCUGUGAUAAGGGGUUACCAACAUCAUAUCAUUAACAUUUUACAUUGUAAUUUUAAAUAAACUGAGGAAUAGUUGAU